ACCUUAAGCUGACUCCACCUUCAGUGCUCUUAGCUGUAUAAAGAAGGUAGAUCUCCCUCUCUUUCGCUCUGGCUUUGAGAUCCGAUAUCGCCUUCAUCUCGGGAGCUUGAGUCCGCGAACACAGAAGGCCCUCUGUCCGUCCCGGCCCUGGAAGAAGGAAACCCCGUUCCGCUCCUUCGGACAUGUCCUCGGCAGGCGUGGAGAUCCUCGGGAUGAUCCUGGCGGUGGCGGGCUGGCUGGGGGUGAUGGUGGCGUGCGGCCUGCCGAUGUGGAGGGUGACGGCCUACAUCGGGCAGAACAUCGUCAUCUCUCAGGUCAUCUGGGAGGGCUUGUGGAUGAACUGUUCGGUGCAGAGCACAGGCCAGAUGCACUGCAAGGUGCACGAGUCCAUGCUGGGGCUGGCGGUGGACCUGCAGGCGGCGCGGGCGCUGGUCAUCGUCUCCAUGGUGCUGAGCAUCGUGGGCAUUGGCCUGUCCGUGGCCGGGGCCAAGUGCACUAACUGCAGUGGGGACGAGAGCAGAAAGCCCCGCCUUGUGGCGGCUGCAGGGGUGACCUUCGUGGUGGCGGGACUGCUCAUGCUGGUGGCCGUGUCCUGGACCGCCCACGCCAUCGUCCUGGGCUUCUACGACCCGCUGUUGGAGGAGACGGCCAAGAGGGAGUUCGGGAAUGCGCUGUACUUUGGUUGGGCCGCCUCCUGUUUGCUGAUUGUUGGGGGAGCCCUUCUUUGCUGCUCCUGCCCUUCGAGACCGGCGGUGGCCCCCAGCGGUGGGGCCUCUGCCCCCUCCAGGGUGAACUACUCUGCAGUCAAAGCCAUGUCGGCCGGCGGGUACACCCGAAGAGACUACGUCUGAGCGCAGCGGGACGGUACACCCGAAGAGACUACGUCUGAGCGCAGCGGGACCUGCAGCGCUCCGACGGAAACUCGUCUCAUUGAACUGUCAUUGUGAAAAACAGAGACCUUUUUAAUGUAAACACAUUUUAUGAGUAUAAUAAAG